AUGAAGGUUAAGGGCAUUAGACCAAAUAUCUUUACUUACAAUUGCUUAAUUCAUGGCAUGUGUAAUUCGGGCCAGCAGGAGGAGGCAACAAGGCUCUUGAAUGAAAUGGUGGAUAACAAUAUUUCGCUUAAUAUUGUCACGUAUAGUACAUUGGUUGAUGCUCUUUGCAAGGAAGGAAUGAUUUCUAAAGCUGUAGAGACCGUUGACACAAUGAGAAAGCAAGGCAUUGAGCCCGAUGUUGUCACGUAUAGUACAUUGGUUGAUGCGCAUUGCAAGGAAGGGAUGGUCUCUGAAGCUGAGGAUAUUGUUGACGCAAUGAUAAAGCGAGGCAUUGAGCCUAAUGUUGUUACCUAUAAUACAUUAGUUAAUGGUCAUUGCUUGCAGAACAAAAUGGAUAAAGCUAGAAGAGUUUUCAACUUGAUGAUUGAGAAGAGUUCUGCACCUGAUAUAGUUACUUACAACACCAUGAUCAAUGGAUAUUGCAAAGCUAAGAGGUUAAACGAAGUAAUGGAAAUCUUUCAUGAAAUAUCUCGAAAGGGACCAAUCCCGAAUAUUUUAACAUACAACACUCUCUUGCAAAGUAUGUUUCAGUUAGGGAAAGUUUCAACUGCAUGUGAACAGUUUAGAAAGAUGCUUGCUUCUGGACAAGUUCCAGAUUUAGUGACUUGUUCGAUUUUGCUGAAUUGUUUAGGCAAAACAGGUCAUAUGGAGGAGGCAUUGAAACUUUUUCAAGCAAUGCGAAACAGUGGUUUGGAACUUGAUAUUGUCCCAUAUAAUAUCCUAAUUGAUGGGUUGUGCAAAGCUGGGCAUCUCGAAUUUGCCAAGGAAUUAUUUCAUCAACUCUCAGACAAUGGUUUAAAACCGAAUGUUGUCACAUAUUGUAUAAUGAUUAAUGGACUGUGUAAAGAGGGAUUGCCAGAUGAAGCAUACAGGUUGUUUGGGAGCAUGGGAGAUAAUGACUGUUUGCCUAAUAGCUGCUGUUAUAAUGUAAUGAUUCGGGGUUUCCUUCGCAACAGCUAUACCUCAAAGGCAACACAACUUCUUACGGAAAUGGUUGGUAAGGGCUUUUCUGCAGAUAUAUUCACUGCCACCUUAUUUAUGGAGCUUAUCAUAUACUCUAAUAAAUCAAUCUUUUUAUUAAUCAACGGCCAUUGCUUGCAUAAUGAAAUGGAUAAAGCUAGAAGAGUUUUUAACUUGAUGAUUGAGAAGGGUUGUGCACCUGAUAUAGUUACUUACAGCACCAUGAUCAAUGGAUAUUGCAAAGGUAAAAGGUUAGACGAAGCAAUGGAACUCUUUCAUGAAAUAUCUCUAAAGAGACCAAUCCCGAAUACUGUCACAUAUAACAUUCUUAUGCAGAGUUUGUUUCAGUUAGGGAGAGUUUCAACUGCAUGUGAACUGUUUAGAAAGAUGCUUGCUUCUGGACAAGUUCCAGAUUUAGUGACUUGUUUGAUUUUGCUGGAUGGUUUAGGCAACACAGGUCAUAUUGAGGAGGCAUUGAAACUUUUUCAAGCAAUGCGAAACAGUGGGUUGGAACUUGAUAUUGUCCCAUAUAAUAUCCUAAUUGAUGGGUUGUGCAAAGCUGGGCAUAUCGAAUUUGCCAAGGAAUUAUUUCAUCAACUCUCAGACAAUGGCUUAAAACCGGAUGUUUACACAUAUUGUAUAAUGAUUAGUGGACUGUGUAAAGAGGGAUUGCCAGAUGAAGCAUACCGGUUGUUUGGGAGCUCGGGAGAUAAUGAUUGUUUGCCUGAUAGCUGCUGUUAUAAUGUAAUGAUUCGGGGGCUCCUUCGCAACAGCUAUACCUCAAAGGCAACACAACUUCUUAUGGAAAUGGUUGGUAAGGGCUUUUCUGCAGAUAUAUUCACUGCCACCUUAUUUUUGGAUCUUAUCAUAUACUCUAACAAAUCAAUCUUGCUCUGA